UAUGCACUUUCAAAGAAUUUUAGAUACUUUUGAACCUCGUUGGUUGGAACGUCAUGAAUAAAAUAAAAAGUUUAGAACUAAAAAAAUAAUUAAAGACACUCCUGAUAAAAAAGACUUGAUUUUAUUUAAAGAAGUAAAAUCUCAUUUUAUUCAUCUAUAAAUUCUUAGAAUAUACCAUAAUCCAAACAGUAAUAAACUAACUAAUCAAAAGAAGCACCAAAGAAAAUUCGAUUAAAAUAAUAAUUACAAGAAGAAUGUCCAAUCUGUAUGAUGAAUUUAGAUGAUUUAUCAAAUGUCUGUGAAAUAGAUGUCUGUAAACAUUAGAUAUGCUUAACAUGUAUAAAAGAAUGGGCUGAAAAAUAUAAGACAUAAUGUCCUUAUUGCAGAGCUAAAUUCAAAAGAAUAUAUCCAAUUUAAAAUGGUAAAAGAAGGAAUACUCCUAUAAAAUUAAAUCUAAAAUAACCUAAAUGGCAACCAGAAUAAGAUCAAUUUUAUAAUUUCUAAGAAGAAUAAGAAGAAAAUCAAAAGUGUUAACUUUGUGGAUGUUCUCACUCUUAGUAUUUAAUGUUGAUUUGUGACAAAUGUAAUGAAUAAAUGUGUCAUACAUUCUGUGAUCCAGGUUUUUUAGAGUUUUUUGUACCUGAAAAAAAUUGGUAUUGUUUAGAUUGUCGUAAAUCUAAAUUAGUUUAUCACAAACCUAAAUGA